AUGGCCACAUCAGCCUCCAAUAUCACCUCAACCCAUCCAGCAGUCUUUGUGUUGAUGGGGAUCCCAGGCCUGGAGCACCUACAUAACUGGAUCUCCAUUCCAUUCUGCUCAGCCUAUACUUUAGCCUUGCUAGGCAACUGCACCCUCCUCUUCAUUAUUCAGGCUGAUGCAGCCCUCCACGAGCCCAUGUACUUCUUUCUGGCCAUGUUGGCAGCCAUGCUGGUCCUCUCUUCUACAACACUUCCCAAAAUGUUAGCUAUUUUUUGGUUCAGAGAUCGGGAGAUCAGCUUCUAUGGCUGUCUGGUGCAGAUGUUCUUUCUCCAUUCCUUCUCUAUCAUGGAGUCAGCAGUGCUGCUGGCUAUGGCCUUUGACCGCUAUGUGGCCAUCUAUAAGCCACUGCACUACACUACGGUGCUGACUGGGCCCCUUAUUGCCAAGAUUGGCAUGGCUGCUGUGGCUCGGGCUGUGACACUAAUGACUCCACUUCCCUUUCUGCUCAAACGCUUCCACUACUGCCGAGGCCCCAUGAUUGCCCACUGCUACUGUGAGCACAUGGCUGUGGUAAGGCUGGCCUGUGGGGAUACUCGCUUCAACAAUAUCUAUGGCAUUGCUGUGGCCACGUUUAUAGUGGUGUUGGACCUGCUGUUUGUUAUCUUGUCUUAUAUCUUUAUCCUUCGGGCGGUACUACAGCUUGCCUCUCAGGAAGCCCGCUACAAAGCCUUUGGGACAUGUGUGUCUCACAUAGGUGCAAUCUUAGCCUUUUACACACCUGUGGUCAUCUCCUCAGUCAUGCACCGUGUGGCUCGCCGGGCUGCCCCUCAUGUCCACAUACUCUUUGCUAAUUUCUAUCUGCUCUUCCCACCCAUGAUCAACCCCAUCAUCUAUGGCAUCAGGACCAAGCAGAUUCGUGAGCGAGUCUUAGGACUAUUCCCAAGAAAGGAUGCAUAA